UAAAGUUUGAUUUUAUUUCCAAUUUUGUAAAAUAAAAAAAGUUAUAUUAUAUAUUUUUGAUUUCACUUUCGUUUUCAUCAUCUCUGAGAUUCGUCCUGAAUAUAAAAAAUGUGACUGUUAUUCUCUCUCAAUUCUCAACCAAAAGUUAUUUUGAUUCUUGUCUUUGGAUGUAUGAAUUUCUGAACCCAUUUGACAGAGUUUCUGCUUCAACAUUGCUAACGUGUGAACUGGAUUGAUUCCCCUUCGAUUCGAUCCCGGGCAUUGGCGUGUACUGAGAUCAAUAAAGCUUAUUAGUUUUUUUUUCCAUAGAUGGGGCAUUCUGCUGCUGUGUGGGACUUUAGAGCAGCAACUGAACUUACAAAGGACUGGAAUGGAAUUGAUCAAGUUGUACUAAGGACGCCACAAGGCGCUUCAGCACGGGUAAGCUUACAUGGAGCGCAGGUCACUUCGUGGCGUAAUGAGCACGGAGAAGAACUACUAUUCACAAGCAGCAAGACAGUUUCGUCGAAGGCACCGAAAGCAAUACGAGGAGGAAUUCCUAUAUGUUUUCCACAGUUCGGAAACUGUGGAUCACUGGAGCGACAUGGAUUUGCUAGAAACAGAAUGUGGUCAAUUGAUGAGAAUCCUCCUCCGUUGCCUCCAAAUGAUUCUCGUGGAAAAUCUUUUGUCGAUCUGCUACUCAAAUCAUCGGAAGAAGAUGUGAGAUAUUGGCCACACAGUUUCGAGUUCCGCCUUCGAGUGUGUCUUACGACAAACGGAGACCUAACCCUGAUAUCACGAAUCAGGAAUAUCAAUGGCAAGCCAUUUAGUUUCUCAUUCGCAUACCACACAUACUUAUUGGUUUCUGACAUCAGUGAGAUAAGGAUUGAAGGUCUUGAGACACUUGAUUACCUGGACAAUCUUUCCCAGAAAGAACGAUUUACAGAACAAGGAGAUGCGAUAACAUUUGAAUCCGAGGUGGAUCGUCUUUAUCUGAGCUCUCCAAACAUAAUUGCGGUUCUAGAUCAUGAGAGGAAACGGACAUUCAUUAUAAGAAAGGAAGGGCUGCCUGAUGUUGCUGUGUGGAAUCCGUGGGAGAAGAAGUCGAAGUCGAUGGUGGAUUUAGGCGAUGAGGAGUAUAAACAUAUGCUUUGUGUAGAUGGUGCAGUUAUAGAGAAACCUGUGAACUUGAAGCCUGGAGAGGAAUGGACAGGGAGGAUUCAACUGUCAGUUGUGGGAUCGAGUUUUUGUAGCGAUCGCCUGGGUUUUCGAUAGACGUGGUAUUUGAGAGGAUGGAAUUCUGCAAAAUCUAAUCUUGUUAUCAGAGUUUGUUACAUUUAGCAAUGUUAUAGAGUUUGUAGUAAGCAGUAGUGCUUUUUAGGAGUAUAAAGUUUUCUCGUGUGUUCUUCAUGCUACAAAAAGGAAAAGCCUAUGUUUUUUUUGGGUGAUAAUGGCUGUUAAAUUUCGGAUA